AUGCAGCGUGCCAGAAAAAAAGGAAUGGCUGCACCUGUCCGUCGCUUGCUCAAACCCCCUGUGCUUGCUUUGCUUCCGCCGAGUCGCGCUGGUGACGAUGCUUCAGCCACGGAUGCGGUCAUUGACAGCCACAUCUGUGCUUGUGGCUGGGUCGAACGUGGCUUGUGUAAAAUGCAACACUCUUCUGGAAGGUGCGAAGAAUGCGCUGAGCUGGCGUGCAGCUGGCUAAAUCAGGAAGUACCCGAAAAUUCGUUCGUGGAGCUAGAGCAUACCACAGAAUGCCGAAAGCAGAAUAUGGUUGUCCAAGAGAACAUUCUCCUAAUUGAUCAGAAUCACGAAGAGAAGCCAGGAGAAACCACAAUCAUCUCAAAUUUCAUUGACGUCAUUCACCGGACCCUGAACGAAAUUAUGACAUAUCGGACUUCCUUCUCUUGCUCAGGCAUUCGAUCUUCUUUCAACUCAUCGACACCUGAUUCCUUUUCGACCAAACGAACAACACCAGCGAUCAACACCCCACACCAAUUGACACUGGAUCAAUCAUAUCAACAACAGCCUUCAUUCACAUAUUCUUUCGAUACGAAAUCGUUGGCACAAACAAACGACUGGCAUAUGUUUCCUGUGCAGAACCAAUCUACCGGACUGCUGCGGAAAGGACAAGGUCGAGGCCACCAGAGAAACGCGUCCGAGUCGACGGUCAACUCGACAGGCCCUUCAUCGCCGUUCAUGCAGAGCACCAACUACCCUUACAUCGCCAACGCCGAGCAGUCUCCUACAACAUCCUACUUCAGCGACAACGAUCAGUCAUACACGGUCGGCUACGCACCGUCCAAGCUUUCACACACCCCGGCGGCCCAUCUGGCCAUGCAAAAUAUGGCCAUCGACCAUCACAACUCGACAUUCAACGAGGAGAUUCCCGACUUUGCACACUCGUCGCGGCACUCGGUGUCGAGCAAGGGGCAGGACUCGCCGUCGACACCUCAGCCGAGGUCGAGUUCUGACCAUGAUGACGAUGAAAGACCGCCUCUCUACAAGAUGCCGACCAAUGGUGAGGAAGUACCAGAUCUGGAACUGUUUGAGCGAUACUUAUUUAUGAGCUCGCAACCAGACUACAAAGCCAAUGCCCCUCGCGUCGAGCUGAACCGCACAGAGUCGGCUGCCUUUGCAGACGAGCUCUUCAACCCAAACAACUCUGACUCGCUUCAGCCGCCAUCCGUGCAGACCAACCACAACAUGCUCUCGCCACACCGUAACUUGAUUGAUGAAAGGUUACGAACUGCCAACAGCAUUAGAUCACAGUCGCCCGUGGGAGACAUGUCUCGCGAGAGAUCUCCUUUUAGACAAAAUUCACCUUUUGCAGCUCCUGCUCCUCAGAACUUCAAGGGUCCCGGUCCUUUCCUGGCUACUGCCGCUGACUCAAGGCGCCAGCAGAGGGAAGAGGCAAGCGCUCGGGAGUGGAUGUCACAUCAGCCCAAGCUACGAAGAGAGGCUACCAAGACCAUGUCGCCCAAGGACGCUCUACUCGACUUCAACGAUAGCGAGGGCUCCGACAUGCCUCUGUUUGCAGACACGUUGCCUUCAGGCUACAACUUUGCCUCGAACAUGGCCGCGCCUCCGACAAACGUUGCUGGCUUCCGUGCUUCUUCGUCUGACCAGUCAAACAUUGCCUCGACAAACUUCAAUUUCUUGCCACCUCAGCAACCGCAGAUGCCUAGCAACCCAUACGCUCCCGCGUCGUAUCGCCCUACUGACUUCGGCUCCGAUCAGACACCGGACUUCCCUGCUCACCUGACUACUAUGGAGUCAUCUAUGAGCGAGGGUCCUGGUGCCUCUUCUCAGGGCAGCAUGGCUGCGCCUUCCAUUCCAAGGCCCCAGCAUACUACUGCCGAUACCGGUAGUUAUUCAUGCCCGAACGACGGAUGCUAUCAGCGAUUCGACUCUGCUGUCAAGCUGCAGAAGCACAGACGCGACCUUCAUCCCGCUCGGCAGUCCAUGUCUUCCACCGGUACUGCUACCUCAUCACCCGAGGAAGACGAUAGACGCUCGAGCUCACCUGUUCUCGCGCUUGGUAGUCUUGGUAGCUCCAUGACUGCUGCAGCGCUCGCCGAGCGAAACUCGCAGCAAGGUCCUCACAAGUGUACACGUACCAACCCGUCUACCGGCAAGCCAUGCAACAGCAUCUUUAGCCGCCCUUACGAUCUUACUCGACAUGAGGAUACUAUCCACAACCGACAGAAGCAAAAGGUGCGCUGUCAGUACUGUCGCGAAGAGAAGACAUUCUCUCGCGCCGACGCCCUCACCCGUCACAUGAGGGUCGUUCACCCCGAGAUCGACUUCCACGGCAAGCGUGGUAGAAAGGGUGAUCACUUCUAG